AACAACCAACGGAUCACUUUCCAGUGAUCAGUCAUCGGAGUGAGAUGUUCUUCGGUGCGCUCUGCUGAAGAUCGAGGAUCUUUGCCCGUCGUCGUACAGGUUAAGCAUAUUGGAGAGUUUUUGUUCGGUGUUCACCGGUGGUACCGAACUCUGCACUUGCAAGAGACAAACAGAGAAGAAAACAAAAAAAUAGCGGAAUUUCAAAUAUUCCGUCCGUGACCGUGGACCGCGUGAGGCUCAGUUGAUACGCAAAUUAACCUGCGGUGUUGUUUUUUUUUUGCCCCGUUCGGACGUCCAGUCGAAGACAAUGCGUGAGGAAGAGUUUUGCCGCCUUGAAGAAAAAGCCCCUACAUGCGUAGAAGAAGAAGGAAACUUUAUUCGCGGUCUUUCGCGCUUUGAUUAAUUAAGUGUGUCUUACGCGCGCAUGCCUUCCGCGCCUUUCGCAGUAAGCUUGAACGGAUUUUUCGGGAGAUUUUUUAUGAUCUCCAAACAGAGGAAGCCGCGUAAUCUGCAUUGCGAGCGGAGUAUGAUCAAAGGAAGAAGUAGUAAAGUGAGCUCUGAGCCGUGGAAAAAUAGCCGGAAAGUAGCCGGGAAUUUGGUUCGGUGAACGUAAUUCAUUGUGCCCGAUGAAAGUCGGGGAAAAAUUCCUUGCUUGCUCCUCCGAGGGAUCAUUCGCGAGUGCCUUAAUGGAAAAUUAACGUCACCAGCGUGCUGGGCAGGAAAUUGGUUUCACACAAGAGAACCGGUCGAAGAAAGUGUCCAGAGUGGUGAUUCAGUUUUUUUCUUCUUUUCUCGCGAUGGUAAUGGUUUGUUGACCGGUGCGCGUUCGGAACGAGAAGCUCAUACUAGAGCAGGUGGUGCCGGGAAGAAUUCGAUUGGAAUGCGAUGGAUAUGAAAGUGACGAAACAGCAACAGUUGCAAUAGUAGGGAAAGUUUUCGAGCAGUCGCCAUUGUUUAAGUGCGCUGGGUUCGAGCCGGAAGAGUGUCUUACUAGGCGUUUGAGAGAAAGAAUAAUUAUUAACAAAAUACUUAAAAAGACCGGGAGUGAUUCUUUAAACAUUCUCGAAAUUAACGAGAGCCGUUAAUCAAUAACAACGACAUCAAAGCAAAGUGCAUGGCUUGCUACGUCGGCGUUGAUCGGAGCCGUAGUAGCAGUGGCAGCAGUACCAGAAGUAAAUUUAACUGGAUCAAAGUGAGUUUUUCCGAAAGGAAAAUUAAAUGUUACUUCAAUAAAAAGUAGCUCGACUUCAAAGGAAGAAAAAAGCCAAGUAGCAGGCACAGUUCAAACGAUUGGCGAGCACGCGAGAAAGUCCGUCCGUUUGCAGUGCUCUCUCGCGGUAGAAAACACGAGAGUGGUUUCGAGCCGCGUUGCACUGGAGCUGGUGCAGGAGACGGAGACAAAGGAGAAGAGGCAGUGUUUUGGUUUCUUGGCAUCGUCGGCAAGCGAAAAACUGUCUCUCUGCAAGAUGAAACGUAAUGCAUGUGGCGGCAUGUUGAUGGCAAUCAUCACGGUGUGCUUGAUGGUCGCACAUUUGACGCGGCCGUGUCACUGUCGCGCCACGAUCGCUGGGACCAGCCGACAGCGCAUGGCAAAUAUUUCCAUCGAAAGUAACUCGAUUCAGCGAUUGGCUAGUGGAACGGAAGCGACGAACGGCGUGCCAGCAUCAGCGGAGGCAACCGUGAUCAGUGCAACUGUCGGUGCGGUUGUCAGUUAUGACGGCACUGGAAGCAACGGCGGUGGUGACGGUGAUGGAAACUUUGCUGCUGGCACUAGCAACCAUGGUAAUAAUAAACAUCCACCGAAGACGGUUCAGAAGGAGCUGAAGCGAGUGUUUCUAUCCAAUCGGACGGUGACGUGCAACGAUGGAUCGCAGGCUGGCUUUUACCUGAGGAAAUCGGCCGGCUCUCGCCGGUGGGUGGUGUUUUUCGAGGGCGGCUGGCACUGUUACGAUCACAAGACGUGCCGCGCGCGGUGGCUCAAGUUGCGACACCUGAUGACUUCGGCACAAUGGCCUGAAACGAGGGACGUCGGUGGUCUCCUUUCGCCCUUGCCGUCGGAGAAUCCUUACUGGUACAACGCAAAUCAUGUGUUUGUGCCUUACUGUAGUAGUGACUCCUGGAGUGGUACCAAGGUCAAACCGGAUACCAGAGAUGGGCUGCGCUUUAUGGGAUCGUUAAUUGUUCGGCAAGUGAUCGCUGACUUGAUUCCGCUGGGUUUGGGCCACUCGCAGGGUGCCGACCUGUUGAUGGCAGGUUCGUCAGCUGGUGGUCUGGGUGUGAUGCUAAAUCUGGAUAAAGUGCGCAGCUUUUUGCAGAAAGAAAGAGGAUUAAAGGUAAGCGUACGGGGCGUCAGCGAUUCCGGCUGGUUCUUGGAUAGAGAACCGUACACUCCUGGAGCGGUUGCUGCCUGGGAAGCCGUCCGUCAGGGAUGGAGAAUGUGGGACGGAGCCCUGCCACAGGCUUGCGUUGCUGAACAUACGCGAGAACCAUGGCGAUGCUAUUUCGGCUAUCGACUAUAUAAUACGCUAAAAUCGCCGCUAUUCGUCUUCCAGUGGCUAUUCGAUGAGGCCCAGAUGCGGGCGGACCACGUUGGUGCCCCGGUGACCCCCCAGCAGUGGGAUUACAUCCACGAUAUGGGUGGAGCGCUGCGUGAAUCACUGAACAACGUGUCGGCGGUAUUCGCACCGUCCUGCAUUGGCCAUUCGGUGCUGACGAAGCGUGACUGGUUGAACAUCCGAAUCGACGACAUUAGCUUGGCAGAUGCGCUCCGCUGCUGGGAACAGUCGGACCAUCGGGAAAAGCAAAUUCUGCGGCGGCAAUCGAAUAGAAAUCCAAGUCCGCAGAAGUUGCGCCGAAAGCAUAACGGUAGCCGACGGGCAAAGCUUCCGAACGAAAUGCCAAAUGCGGGUGGUCCGGGCCAGCAGAAGGGCGAGGAAUUCGACCGGCCCAAGCUGACCAAAGAAGAACGGGAACGGCGCCGUCAGGAGCGACGUGAGCGACAAAAUCAGCGACGAUUGAAUCGGAUGAACAAGAAAAACGGACGAGAAGGUGCGGGUCGGAAUCACACUCGACACCAGCAAAUGAAACUAGAAGAAUCCCAAUCAACGAAUGUUCCUAGACUAGAGCGGUCACCAAACAGUGCCGGCAACGGUAGUAAUAGCCUGAACCCAAACAGACAAAACCCACAGCAGAACGGUCGCCACCGACUGCGGAAUCAGAACAAAAAGCGUUUGAACCACAAGAAUCGCAACCGUAAAAACACAAACAACCGAAAGCAGCAGCAGCAGAAUCGAAAUGUUGCCGCAUUCGGACUGAAUAUUGCCGAACCAAAGAAGUGCUCACUGCGGCUACUGGAGCGAUGCAGUUGGCCCCAGUGUAACCAUUCCUGUCCAACGUUGACGAAUCCGCUAACCGGUGAGGAGAUGAAAUUUCUCGAGCUGCUUGCGUCGUUCGGGUUGGACAUGGACGCGGUAGCCACGGCACUCGGCGUCGACAUGCAGACGUUGAACAACAUGGACCACGCGGAGCUGGUCAACUUGCUGACCCAACAGGUCACGUAGCAUCGAACUGAUUCGAUGCAACGCCCUUGUACAUAGAUGAACAAAUUUGUUUAGAUGUAGAGAAUAAUUUAUUUGACACUUAGCCUUAAAGGGAAGUAGAAUGAAAUUUGAUUAAGUUCAAAUGUGUGCGAUAUUUGAGCAAGAUGUGUUUCUAAGUUCUAAAUUUUUUAUGGUCAGCAGGAUCACAUCUGUGGAUCCGGCCGAACCAAACUACUGUAACGAUUCGGUCCAUGUUUACUUCAGAAAUGCAGCUCACCUUUGUUGAGAUUAACUGUCCAUAGUAAGUGUAUAUAUUAUACGCUAAACAGUGUAGAAGAGCUACAAAACAAAACUGAACCAGACUGAAUCAUACGUUUAAAAUAUUUAUUUUUAUAUUGUUAAUAGUCGUGUAAAAUAUGUCAUGUUACUGCAUAAUAGUUUUCGAGAGCUCUAGAAUAGCGACAGUUGUCCCAGUACUUAGCGUAUUAAGCGAAGACUAUUUUGCUAGUUAGGUUAGCCCAAGUGCUUGCGAGUAGUGCCGCGUUGUAUUUAUUUUGUCCCAGAACUAAACGAACCAACAACAACAUACUGUACAUACUAGCUGAUAAGCCACUCAAAAUGACUACCUCACCGAUUAUACUGUAUACAUAUAUAGCGUUAGCAGCACAUGCACCCUACAGAUAGCAAGUAUAUAGCCUAGCCUUGACCACUCGAAUAGCAAAUAUAAUUCCGCCUGCCGCGUGAAAUGGAAGCUGUGGACGCGCGAGAUCCAAUCACGACCGAAUUAAACUCUGCAACGAAUCAGUUUUUGUACCUGCAAUUAGUCAUAGUUAUAAAAGUACUAGUAGCAAUGAUUAUUACUAUUUUUUUUUUUCAAAGCCUCCAGCCGCUUUCAAGUCGUUUUUAGCAGGGGUAGGAUUUGUUUUGUUAACUUCUUCCGACCAAGUUUUCUUUUCUAUAAAUAUAUUUCUCUCUCUCACAGCGAACCCCUGUAGUAGCCGCUAGUAGCAACAAGAAAUGCAUGUUAUUCUAAUUGUAAAUAAUUAUUUAUAUGCCAAUUAGCGACAGAGCUGAACUCAGCGUUAUGUUGAACAUACAUCGAAAGCCAAGUGAAGAUAAUAUAACUAUGAAUAAAACGGAUUGAUGAACCAUUUUA